AUGGCCUCGGGCGUCGUCUACUCGGACGAUCGAGCCAACGCCAACGCCAACGCCAGCGCUAAUGACGAGGAGAAUUCGUCGGGCAGCGGCGGCGCCAGGUCGCAGACGGCGUCGGAGGCGUACUUGGACGAGCUGACGCAGUCGGUCAGCGCCUCCAUCUACGAGGGCCGCUACGAAAACGGCCGCCGGUACCACACCUACCGCGAGGGCGCCUACCCGCUGCCCGAGGACGAGCGCGAGCAGGACCGCCUCGACCUCAUCCAGCACUGGUUCGGCCUCGUGCUCAAGGGCGAGCUGGUGCGCGCCCCGCUGAACUUCGACGACGGUGAUGGCGCCGGCGACGAUCCGCAGCUCCAGCGACGCGUGCUCGACAUUGGCACCGGCACCGGCCUCUGGGCCCUGGACUUUGCAGAUGCGCAUCCCGACGCGCAGGUCAUAGGAACCGACCUUAGCGUUAUACAGCCCGAAUGGACGGCGCCAAACUGCCAUUUCAUCAUCGACGACGCCGAGUCGGACUGGGUCUUCACCGAUAAAGAGUCGUUCGACUACGUGCACGUGCGGUACCUGUAUCCGGGCAUCGGCGACUGGGGGCGGUUGUGGGAGCAGUCGUUUGAGCACCUCCGGCCCGGCGGCUGGGCCGAGUCGCAGGAGAUCUCGGCGUGGUUCUACUCGGACGAGCCGGGCUUCGAGAACAGCAACAUCCACUACUGGCAGGUGACCAUGGACGAUGCCACGUCCCGCAUCGGCAAGCGCUUCAACCGUGCCCACGAGCAGAAGCAGCACAUGAUCAAUGCCGGUUUUGCCAACGUGACGCAGGAGAUUAUCGAGAUACCCGUGGGAACGUGGGAUAAGCAGCAGCUAGAGGUGGGCAAGUGCGCGCUGCUCAACGUCUUCGAGGGGCUGGCACCCACGUCUUUGGCCAUCUUCAGCCGCGUGCUGGACUGGGACAUGCCUCAGAUCGAGACGCUGCUGGCGGCCGUCAGGAAUGAGUUUUUGUACUCCAAGUGGAAGACGCACCUCAAGUUUUACUUUACAUACGGCCAGAAGCCGACGCACGACUAA